GUAAGAAAUUUAGCUAUCGUAAAGGUUAAGCAUGCUGUUGUUAUACACACCGCACUUGUUCACCAGAAGUUGAGUAUUGUAACGGACGGGAUAUCUUAAAUACUGAACAUUUAUACAAAGUGAAAAAAAUUGGUAACGGCCAAUAUGGAGGCGUCAACGGUGGUGGAGGUGGCGGUGAUGGAGGCAUACUUGGAAGAGGCGGUGGCGGCGGACGAAGCGGUGGUGGUGGCGCCGGUGGCGGUGGUGGACAUUGGGGUCAAGGAGGCGGAGGCGCCAGCUUCGGUGCCUAUCACCAAAACUGUUACGGAGGCCGUGACGCUGUUCGUGAGGCCUGGAGCGUCAGCGAAAAUGCGCCCGGUGGCGCCGGGAGUUCUGGAGGAUUGGACGGCGUUUGGGGAAGCGGAGGGUCCACUGCGUCGUCGGUGGGCAAAGGCGGGAGGGGAGGAGCCGGUUUCUUCGGAUGGUUCCGAGGUCAGGAUGGCGAAGACGGAAAGCCAGGAGUUAACGGACAUGGGGGAAGAGGCGGAGACUUGUUCACAGAUUUGGGCAAUUUUGAAGUGUGUAUGUAAUAACUAGAGUUUCACCAUGGAACUGCAGAGAUCGAUUAUGAUGACAAAAAUAGAAUUUAAGAACGAGAACAUGAAAAAAUUUGUUCCAAGGUGUGCUCGAAACAGUGUCCGUUUGUUUAAAUUUAUGUUGCUUAACCACUUAGCUUUCCGGACGGUUAUAAAUUGUCAGGCUUUUUUACUUGGUUAUAUAAGUUAUCCACAUGUUGUAACUAAAUUUAACCAAAACAACAGAAUCAUUCCACAUUCUUCAGAUAAUAAUAAAUUAUAACCCAG